AUGCCGCUGUUCGGUAAAUCCCACAAGAGUCCGGCUGACAUCGUCAGGACCCUGAAGGAAAACCUGGCCAUCCUAGUCAAGCAGGAUAAGAAGACAGACAAGGCGUCUGAGGAGGUGUCCAAGUGCUUGGUGUCCAUGAAGGAGAUUCUGUACGGGAGCAACGAUAAGGAGCCCCACACCGAGACUGUGGCCCAGCUGGCCCAGGAGCUGUACAACAGCGGCCUGCUGAUAUCGCUGGUAGAAAACCUGCAGGUCAUAGACUUUGAGGGGAAGAAGGAUGUGUGUCAGAUCUUCAACAACAUCCUGAGGAGGCAGAUCGGGACGAGGAGCCCCACUGUCGAAUACUUCUGUUCCCACCAAGAGGUCCUCUUUAUACUGCUGAAAGGGUACGAGACGCCCCAGGUAGCGUUGAAUUGCGGGAUCAUGCUGAGGGAGUGCAUCCGCCACGAGCCGCUCGCCAAGAUAGUUCUCCACUCCGAUCAUUUCCACAGUUUCUUCAACUACGUGGAGAUGUCCACCUUCGACAUCGCCUCUGACGCCUUCGCCACCUUCAAGGAUCUCCUGACAAGACACAAAGUGCUUGUGGCUGAAUACCUCGAACAGAACUACGAUGCUGUGUUUGCAGACUAUGAGAAGCUGCUGCACUCCGAGAACUACGUCACCAAGAGGCAGUCCCUAAAGCUUCUGGGCGAGCUGUUACUGGACAGACAUAACUUCACGGUGAUGACGCGCUACAUCAGCAAGCCUGAGAAUCUCAAGCUGAUGAUGAAUCUGCUCAGAGACAAGAGUCCCAACAUCCAGUUUGAGGCCUUCCAUGUGUUUAAGGUGUUUGUAGCGAACCCCAACAAGACGCAGCCCAUCAUCGACAUCCUGCUCAAGAACCAGACCAAGCUCAUCGACUUCCUGAGCAACUUCCAGAAGGACCGCGCGGACGACGAGCAGUUCAACGACGAGAAGACGUACCUAAUCAAACAGAUCAGGGAUCUGAAGAAACCGGCCUCCUAGAGAAGCUCCCCUCCCCUUCCCUCUACCCCAACUUUUUAUCAAUAAGAACACAUAGAAAAAAAACACAUUAACAAUGAUGGUUAUUCUAUUUAAAAAAAAAAAAAAAUCUUCAAGACGUUAUUUGUCUUUUUUUUUUUCUCUUUGUUGGGUCAUUAAAAACUUGUGCAAGAGUAGUUCUCAAUCACUGAUCUUUUGUAAAUUUUUUUCAUGAAAUCUCUGUUUUUUUUUCAUCUGUAGCAUGUAGUGCCACAACUCAUGGUGUUGGAGGCAGCUGAUUUGCUUUUUUUUUUUUGUCAGGAGAACCAGCGGUUCAAAAGCUUUGGCCAGAAUGGUCGAGUGGCUGUCGAACAAACAGACGUGACCAUUUUUGUAUUUUUAAUCACCGUCGCUGCGCACGAGUUAAUCUCUGUUUAAAUGAAGUAGCUGCAAAUCAGAAAAAUAAUGAAGAAUUUCUGCUUUUUUUUUUUUUUUUCCUAUUAGCUGGGUCAACAUGUCUGGUUGGGAUGAGAGCAUCUUAAGUGUGAAACACAUUCUCAGUCUGUUUGUUUUUGUGCUGCCAAAUCUAAUGAUUGCUGAAGUUUUCUCAAUCUACAGCUAAAAAGCAUCAUCAGACUUGAACUUCACACUGAAACAGAACAAGUCUCGUCUUCCAAAAAGUUAAUGUUGUAGCUAAUUAGUGAUGAAGCAUUUCUCUGAAGCUGGGGACGCGCUGCACAUUAUAUAAAGGCUGAUUUAACUAUGAAAACUGCUUUACAAGAUCACAAAGAUUUUUAGGAGGUUAAACCGGCUCUGGCUGGACAUAAUUAGAUUUUCUCAGUGUGAUCCUGCAGUUUGAGAGGCUUAAUCUGAACUAGUUUAACAUGCAGCAGUUUGUUGUUAAAUGUGCGACGCCAACUCUUUCCAGUUAAAUAUAAUUUUAUAAGCUUCAGGAGCAUCCGCCCGUGCCAAUCUAAUGAACUCAGUUAGCUCCAGUAAGACUGAGAAUAGAAGUGUUUUUGAGACGGUUGGUUUCAGUCACUGUUGACCACAGCUUGCCAACGAAAAAUAGUAGUUGUGAGCAUAUUUUAAGUCGUUGAAAUGAAGAGCCUUUGUAAUUGAAUGGGCUGCUAUCGGUACAGUAAGCUUCAAUCAUUUUGAUCACUGGUUCUCUUUGCUGGUAGCUGAUAGCACUUUCUGUAUGAUAAAAAAAUAAUAUGAUGAUUCAAAUGUUUUUUUUUCUUUUGUUGAUCACCGUUUUCACACUGCUUGAUGGUAUUUUUUUUUUUUUUUUUUUUACAUAUAGUUUCAUUUCUUGUCUUGUACAGUUUAUGGUUUGUACACCUGAGGUGAGUGCCUGCCAUUGUGAAUGUGAACAUGAACAAGGAGGCACUUUGCUGUGAGGCGGGAGCCCCUCGUCGAGAGAGGAGAGCAGCUGUGAAGACGGCGCUUUGUGUUUUUCUUUUUCUUUUUUGUUCUGUGUCGCUCUGAUUUGGAUCUGAUGUCGGCGUUAGAAAAGAAACGGGAGAGAAGAUUCAGAGGUGCCUUUUUGGUUUGGUGUGUUUUCCCUACUUCUUCUCUUCUCUUUUUUUUGUACUUUCAUUAUCUUUCUAGGGGGAGCUUAAUUAUGAUGAUGAAAAUAUGCUCUGGAUGGAACAUAUUUGUUGCGAUUAAGCAGUGAACCUCUUAACUCACUAUAUUUGAGUUACGCUGUCAAAUACACAUUUGAAACUUUUUGCAGCUGAUCGGUUGCCAUUGUGUACGGAGUCACAACCAGUUUGUCGCCAUAGUAGCACUAAUUCAAUAUGUGGAUUACAAGCUGUAAAAAGUCAUUUGGGAAUUGUGUUGAAAACGUGUGAGGCCAAAGUUGAUCUGUAACAGGAUUCAAUGGUGAAAUGUAACUGUGAAAAAUGCACAUGUAGUUGAAAUGUGCAAAAUCAGCGAGGAUUAAACACUUUUAAAAACACUGUUGGUUUUAUAUUUGAGCUGGAAAUGAAAAAUGACCAUUUUUCCAUUUUCUAAGUCAGUAAAAUUCAGAAUUUAUUUUCUAAUCAAUAUUUGAUCGGCAUCGUUAGGUUACUUUGCGCUUCUAUUGAAGUUUUGAAAUAAGCAGCAGUAAAUUUCAAACUCAUAGCCGUCUCGUGUUAAAUAAAGUGAAUCAAACAGAAAUAAAAGAAGUAGUACAGUACAGUAGGGUGACUAACAAUCGUAAACAUGUAAAGUGCAAUUUUGCUUUAAAAAAAAAAUGGGAGAAAAAAAUAGAAGUUGUCUUUGUUUUUUCUUUUUGGUUGAAAAAUAAAAAAUGCCAGCUACUUUGGAUGUUAAAAGCUGUGACAGUAUUUAUACUAUAUCAGAAUAAAACAUGAGAUGCAAAUGUAGACUGACCAGUUUUACAUCACAUGUGUCACUUGAGCCAAACUCAAUGAAUUCUUUGUUGUUUUUUUUUUAAUUUUAUUUUUUUUGUCUUGGCCUGUUUUACAACUACGGUUCAAGCAGAAAGCUCCACAUUUUUCUUCCCAAUGCGCUCAACGAAGAGCAGCCACCUUAUUUUCCACAUGGAUGCUACUGUACCACAUUCGCAGCAAAAUAAAAGGAUGGGAAUGCAGA